AUGAGCAAUGCUUUUUCUAUUACAGAAGAUGAAAACAGCUACGAAGAGGAUGAGGAAGAAGAGAGUGGAAGCAAUGAAGAAGAGGAUUUCGAUAUAAGGGACUUUGUAGUCGCAGACGAAGGGAGGGGAAACGAAGACGAGGAGGAGGAGGAGGAGGAGGAGGAGGAGGAGGACUUUUCAAUGGAUAGAGCCUCCUCCAGGAAAAUUGAAGAAGAGGAUCCAGAGAAGCUGGAGGAAAAGCUAAAAAAGCUCGAGGAAGUUUUCUCCUGUGUACCGAGGGUUCUCAUUAAAAGAGUUCUUUGCCGCGAUGAUGUUAACGGAGACCUGAACUUGGCAAGUCAGAGAUUACAAGAAUUUCAGGAUAUGGAAAAUCCACGCGACCUUUUCAAAACCCCGACGAGUAAUCCGCCCACUGCCUGGGGUCCCUCGCCUGAACGGCCACAAUCAGAAAACAAGGGAGGUGAAAAAUGCGAAUCACAAGGCUAUCAGAAAAAAAGAAGGAGAGGAAGAAGGGGAGGGAGAAGAAAGAAGAACAAUGAAAAUCAAAACAAAACACAGGAAGAACAAGGAGAAAGGACACUGGGAAAUAGUUUCGACAGUUAUGAACCAAACGUAACGCGUGGGAACGAUCAUGGUAUAAGACAAGGAGGCCGAGUGUUCGGAGGAAGGCCAAGAGGAGGAUUUGGACCCAGAGGAGGGUUCUUCCAGGCACACGAAGAUUUCCAAGAAUACAAAGACGAUUUUCCCCAUGGAUUUCCAGUGAAUGACUACACGUUUCAGAACCAGAGGGGACGUGAUAACUGGAGAGGACGAUGGAAUCAACCAAAACCCCAACCCAAACCCAAGGGUCGUGGCCGCAGAGGACGCGAUGAAAACGUUUUGGAAAGCGAUUCGUUUUUCCAAGGCCAACCGCAUGUCUCUCAAAGGGGACGAGGAAGAGGUCAGUUUAGACGCGGACAAGGAGGCGGCGGCCAAGGUCCAUACUGGGGACGUGAACGAUCAGUCUCUCUGGCAGAUGAAAGAUACUAUGACGAGCUUGACCUUUCUGGUAGAGAGGGAAUUUAUCCAACUAGACGUGAACAAGGGAAUAGGGGGAGGUCUGGACCCAACAUUAAUAGAGGACGUGGCCAGUUAGGAUUAAGACGAACCCAGAGCCUUUCUAGUGGAAUGGAUGUUCAAGAUUCUCAUACAAACGACAAUACAGGAGAAGACGCAAAGUUUGAGCCAAAGAAACUGCUUAUUUGCGGGCUGAGUGAGUCGACGACACGAGACGGAGUUUUGAACUUUAUUGAGGCGAUGAGUGGUGAAGAGGUGGAGACAGUAGACAUGAGUAAAGGCAAAGCUCUGGUUACAAUGACUAAGGAUAUAACAAGUAAGUCCUGCUACUAAUAACAAAUGAGCCGUUUUCAGUUACGUGCAAACUGAAGUAAUUCAUUGGUAAGGUCAGCUAUGCAAUAAGCUUCUCAAGUUAAGUAAAUUCAGGCAACCGUGACUUAUCCUAUUUUGCUAGGCUUGAUUGGCAAUGGGUAGUUCGACGAUCAGGUCGUUCUGUGAUUGGUCAGUCAGUAAUUUCGUUGGCUUUAAAUUCACGGCCCCGCACUCAGCCAAGAACUAUGUUCUCUGCUGUGUACGAAACUUUCACACAGAGUUCUCAUUAUGCCGCUUCCCUACCUGUGAUAUAGCCACUGUUAUUGCUUUGGAUACUGUCCGAUAUAGAGAAAGAAGUCGGUCGACAACACUGUCAGUUUCCGCCGUUAUGCCUACGAAGCUGACUGGGGUUCAACUUUUCCGGCAUGCCGGCGGCAAAUACCUGGGAUGGCCCUUGCUACCAGCGGCGCAGUAGUCCCUUUCGUAUAUGGUCGCUGCCAUUUUUAAGACACGGAAAAAAAUGUUUGACCUGUUAUUGAAAGCGUUUCUAUUAAAAAGGAAGGAAUAUCGCAACCCAGGGUCAAACCUGGACCUCGAAACCGGACCUUUCGUAUCCUAAUCUCUCUCCUUUACCACUACACUACCACACCGACCCGCCAAAAUUCAAAAAAAAUUAAGUACAUACACUAGCAAACUGUCUUUCGUAACUGUUACAUCAGUUACAGAUGACCAUAAUUUUUAAGGUAAAUUUAACUUUGACUUCAAUGUCGUUCUUUCUAGGACUAUUCAAAAACGUAUUAUUUGUCUUAUUGUAGCUUAAUCCAAGGAAUAUAUUGCUACUAUCAUGACUAAAGGCUUGGUUACCAAUGGUGGCAUUGACCGUUAAAAAUGGCAAAGACCGUUUACGAAAGGGAAAUAGGAAUCGGCGGCGUAGGUGUCAGAAUAUGCAUCAAAGGCUGUAAUGGGGGCUAUCAGGUAGCAGGUAGGUUGGCGGUGCGGAAUAAUGAGAACCAGACUUUCGUGACAGAAACAGAUCCAACGGUCUCCGAUUUCCACGGAUCGAGGCGAAAUAUAUAAAAAAAAAACAGAAAUAGAACAUCAAUAACUUACUAGAGCUAAAGGGGUCUUCGACAAAGUUAACGAUCCUGCAACGUUUUUGUCCUUUUACUGUCAAAUUUGGUAAGAACCAAUUAAAACCCCCAGAAACUCUUGUUGCAAUAUUUCUUUUCGUGAGUAAAAGAAAAGUGCAUGGUGCUUUUGACUUCGUCGCUGGGAUUGUAUCGUCCAGUAUAGAAGACCAGGCAGAAAGUUGAACUUGAAGUUCUUCGGGCGUAGCUGCUUAAAAAUUGCGAGGCCCAUUUUCACCCGUAAAAACAACCAAAAUUACUAGUGAUUUAGUGGUGUAUUGCAAACCUCCUGCAGUUUAGACAAAUUUUUCCUGCAGCUGAGUGAUUCAUUUACUCAUAUUUAUAACCCCGGAAUAUUUUCUAGGCGGUAUGAGUGACUUAGCAACGACGCUAAACUCAUGAUCAGAAUAAUAUUUUACGUGGUGCAUCAUCAGAGGGCACAAUUGGAUGAGUGUUGAAUACCCAACUCUUUGAUAUAUUUACUAUUAUAAAAUAACUCAGAUAGUACUGGCCUUCUUAUUGGUUAAAAACCUAUGGUGUGCCGGUAAACUCAUAGAAAAGAGAAACAUGUUUUAAAGUUAUUUUAUAAAAUCAUUAGACCACAUUUUCUAUGGGUUUACAGGCGUGAUAACCCACUUGGGAUGAUGGGAGAACACGAGAAAAGCUUGUAAAUCACCGGAGCCGAAACCUCCAAAAUCGUCUAUUUUACUCCUGAGACUACUCAAUCGUUAAGCAGGUAUACAAGCAGCGGGCGUUUUUGAUAUACUUUUCCAUCAAGCUUUUUUUGCCUAUUACUUCGUGGAAAAUCAGUCAUAAUAUUAUAUUCUAGUAAUUUUACAUCUGAGCGACUCAAUUUCGAAUUGAAUUAAGGCAGAUUUUUCUUACCAUUUACUCAUUAGAUUUUCGUAAAAUCAAGGAGAAGGGUGAAAAGAGGGGAAUGGACUCCGCCCGGGUCACAAUCCAACAAGUUCCUGUGUGCAGGAGCAUUCUCGUCAGCGGCAUUUCAGAGAACACCACCCAAGAUGCCAUUGAGCUGUGCUUUGAGAGUCCAAGGAACAAUGGUGGUCCUGUGGAGACAGUGAGGUUUAAGCCUGAAAGUGAUCGAGCUGUGGUAGUGUUUCAGAAUUCAACAGGUCAGAAUUCAAACGCCCCAUUAAUGCUCGUUGUCCUUUUUUAUUUAAAAUGGAGAAAACUACUACGUACACUGUGUCCUUCUGCUUUCUGGUAUAUGGAUGCCGAACCAGUUUUGAUAUUCUUAUGACAAAAGUUAAUAUGCGCAAAUACACUCACAAAAAAAACCUGGCCGUAGAGCGCCGCAUUUCUGGAAUUUUUAGCUAAGUACCCAAAAAGACUUUCUUUGCUUUUUACAAACCAGUUUUCGAGCGAGUCAUUGUUUAAUCUUUGACCUUUUCAUUAACAGAUAUGGAAAGAGUCUUAGCUAGACAGAAUGAAAGGCUACUUGUUUUAAAUAAAGCUGAACUCACUGUCAGAAUCUUUAACGAUUUACUGGAGAAUGACGAUGACGCUGCAUUUGACGUUUUGGGUGACAAGCAAAAGGAUGCAGAGGACAGCCAUAGCACAUCAGCGAACAAGCGGUCUGAAGCGAAAGCACAGAAGCUUCACAUGGCUGUGGACCCGGAUGUGAUGGAAUACGUCACAACUACGUCACUCCAUGACCAACUUAAAAUAACGUUGGCUACGAAGACGUGUGAAAUUAAUUGGAAGCUAAACAACAAAACAGCCGUUCUAUUUUACCGCGGACAAGAUAAAAGUGAUUUGUGGCAGUCUGAGUGUAUUGAGGAGGUACAAACUUGGCUUGCUAAAUUUACAAAGCAAGAUGUUCAAGUGAACAAGGAUUUCUGGGAAGCCGUGAAAGCUCAGUUAGCAGACAUUCGCGCCUGUUUCGGUGUUGAGCCUCCGUUGGUUAAAAUUAUGCAUGAUUCUUUCGUGGUAAGAAUUGUUUCCCUGAGUUCGGAUGCAGAAGAUUUGCAAAAGAAAUUAAAAGCAAAAUUAGAGGACAUAUACCGGAAGGAAACCAGAAAAAUGUAUUUGAAGAAAAAGGAAGUAGUUCCUGUAGAACAUUUAAUUUUGUUAAAAAAGAUCCGCUUUGUGGAAAAACUUCAAGAAAAAAACAAAGAACUGGAGAUAAAAAUAGACACUGAAGCGGAGGAAAUCUAUUUUGAAGGCCCACAACCACAGUUCCUGGAAGCGACCAUGAAAUUUCACAAACAAUAUUCGGGCAUGGUUGAAAAGAAAUUAAGCCUGUCAAAAAACUUUGUGGAAAUUUUGUCUUUAGAUGAAGGGCUGGAGAAAGUCAAACGUGAAUUAGAAAAAAACAACGUGGAGGCUGUUUUCGUGAUCGAUAGCGAGGCUCGGAUCAUAGGCACGUCAGCUGCGCAUGCAGACAAGGCUGCCAGUCUUGUUAGUAAGAUGACAUCAGAAGAAAAAGUUCGAGUGGAUGCCAACAGUCAGCAUCUUUUAAAAACUACAGAAUGGCGCCAACUAUGUGAGCAACUCAACACUAUCUCAACUGUCCGGAUUUAUCGGAACAACUGGAAUGACACCUACGUAUCCGGGUUCAGAGAAGAUGUGCAUGAAGCAAUAAAAACGCUAACUACGUACCUAGAUGAUAACUGUAUCCGAGAAGAGCAAAUGAAAUGUUCUUCUAAGUUAGUCCGAAAAUAUCUCUCUGAGCUUCGUCAAGAUGACUUGUCUUCAAUUGAAGUUCAACUCAAGGACUAUGAAGUCAAGAUUCAAACAGGAAGAGGUGAUGAUGAAUUUGUCAUUGGGGGAAACAAAGAGGGGAUAAAACGAGCGAAAAGAAAGCUUCAAGCCCUUGCAGAUAGUACGGAAUGCGAGAUUUUCAACGUGAAACAGCCAGGACUUAAGAAACUUUUUGUCAGCGGAAACGGCGAUUCGCUUGUGGCAAAUGAGGCGAAAAAUCACGCAUGUGUUAUCCAGGUCCAGAAGCAAUUUGACGUGCAGACUCCUGUCAAAAGACCUGAUUCAUCAAACGACGAUGACGAUGAUGAUAGUGAUAUAGAGGAAGAGGAUAUGGCGGCUGCAGCUAGCAGCGUUGACUCUUCCACCCUUGUAAUGGGAAGUGGGCACAAAAUUUCGUGGAAACCAGGGAACAUCGAGGCGCAGCAGGUAUGUUCGGUGUUCCAUAUGCUAGUAUAAAGUAUAGGUUAUUUCACUGGGCUGUUUGAGUUAAAAAGGAACGAAUUGUCCUUUGAUGUAAAAAGCAAACGAAGUCUCUUUUUCGUCAUAACGAGCCGCACCGUCUUAAUUAGCAACCAAAAAAAUUUUGUUUAUCAAGCUGAGAUAGGGGACUAAAAGUCCCCUAUCUCAGCUGGAUACUCAGAAGCUUGUAACAUUCACUAUUCCAUUUAUCUCUGAUCAUAUUUCCCAUCUAAUACGAUAGAGGCGUCAAUUUUCGCGCCAUCAUGUCAUCAUUCUAGGGCGAGAAAUUUAAUUAAAGCGCGGCAUUCAACAAAUGCACGGCUCAAGUUUCGGCUAAAAUUAUUCAGUGCCGUCAAAGAAAAAAGCAUAUUAUUAAGGUCUGCGUAUAAAGUCGAUCACAUUGCUAACACAGACAAAAACGCUUAAAUAUCUCCUACAAAAUGAACGGCUGAGUUUGUUUUUUCUACGGGUCAAACUGCCACUAUAUAUCCCAGAAACGCUCAGGCAUAAUAAUAUGCCAGGACUUCUACCUGGAUGAACCAGAAAGGAUAUAGAACAACUACCUAUCUUUUUUUCUUUUUACGGCUACGGGUCGAAAUGCUAAACGUGUUAUAUAUCCUAGAAGCGCUCAGGCAUAAUGAUAUCAUGCCAGGACUUCUACCUGGAUGAACCAGAAAGGAUAUAGAACAACUACCUAAUUGUUUUUUACGGCUACGGGUUGAAAUGCUAAACGUGUUAUAUAUCCUAGAAGCGCUCAGGCAUAAUAAUAUGCCAGGACUUCUACCUGGAUGAACCAGAAAGGAUAUAGAACAACUGCCUAAAUUUUUUUUAACGGCUACGGGUCGAAAUGCUAAACGUGUUAUAUAUCCUAGAAGCGCUCAGGCAUAAUGAUAUCAUGCCAGGACUUCUACCUGGAUGAACCAGAAAGGAUAUAGAACAACUGCCUAAAUUUUUUUUUUACGGCUACGGGUCGAAAUGCUAAACGUGUUAUAUAUCCUAGAAGCGCUCAGGCAUAAUGAUAUCAUGCCAGGACUUCUACCUGGGUGAACCAGAAAGGAUAUAGAACAACUGCCUAAAUUUUUUUACGGCUACGGGUCGAAAUGCUAAACGUGUUAUAUAUCCUAGAAGCGCUCAGGCAUAAUGAUAUCAUGCCAGGACUUCUACCUGGAUGAACCAGAAAGGAUAUAGAACAACUGCCUAAAUUUUUUUUACGGCUACGGGUCGAAAUGCUAAACGUGUUAUAUAUCCUAGAAGCGCUCAGGCAUAAUUAUAUCAUGCCAGGACUUCUACCUGGGUGAACCAGAAAGGAUAUAGAACAACUACCUAAUUGUUUUUUUACGGCUACGGGUUGAAAUGCUAAACGUGUUAUAUAUCCUAGAAGCGCUCAGGCAUAAUAAUAUGCCAGGACUUCUACCUGGAUGAACCAGAAAGGAUAUAGAACAACUGCCUAAAUUUUUUUUUUACGGCUACGGGUCGAAAUGCUAAACGUGUUAUAUAUCCUAGAAGCGCUCAGGCAUAAUGAUAUCAUGCCAGGACUUCUACCUGGAUGAACCAGAAAGGAUAUAGAACAACUGCCUAAAUUGUUUUUUACGGCUACGGGUCGAAAUGCUAAACGUGUUAUAUAUCCUAGAAGCGCUCAGGCAUAAUGAUAUCAUGCCAGGACUUCUACCUGGGUGAACCAGAAAGGAUAUAGAACAACUGCCUAAAUUUUUUUUUACGGCUACAGGUCGAAAUGCUAAACGUAUAUAUCCUAGAUCAGGCAUAUGCCAGGACUUCUACCUGGAUGAACCAGAAAGGAUAUAGAACAACUGCCUAAAUUUUUUUUUUUAUAACGGCUACGGGUUGAAAUGCUAAACGUGUUAUAUAUCCUAGAAGCGCUCAGGCAUAAUGAUAUCAUGCCAGGACUUCUACCUGGAUGAACCAGAAAGGAUAUAGAACAACUGCCUAAAUUUUUUUUAAAAUGCGUGCCUACGCUCAGGCAUAACAAUAUGCCAGGACUUCUACCUGGAUGAACCAGAAAGGAUAUAUAACAACUGCCUAAAUUUUUUUUUAACGGCUACGGGUCGAAAUUAAACGUGUUAUAUAUCCUAGAAGCGCUCAGGCAUAAUGAUAUCAUGCCAGGACUUCUACCUGGACGAACCAGAAAGGAUAUAGAACAACUGCCUAAAUUUUUUUUACGGCUACGGGUCGAAAUGCUAAACGUGUUAUAUAUCCUAGAAGCGCUCAGGCAUAAUGAUAUCAUGCCAGGACUUCUACCUGGGUGAACCAGAAAGGAUAUAGAACAACUACCUAAUUGUUUUUUACGGCUACGGGUUGAAAUGCUAAACGUGUUAUAUAUCCUAGAAGCGCUCAUGCAUAAUAAUAUGCCAGGACUUCUACCUGGAUGAACCAGAAAGGAUAUAGAACAACUGCCUAAAUUUUUUUUAACGGCUACUGGUCGAAAUGCUAAACGUGUUAUAUAUCCUAGAAGCGCUCAGGCAUAAUGAUAUCAUGCCAGGACUUCUACCUGGAUGAACCAGAAAGGAUAUAGAACAACUGCCUAAUUGUUUUUUACGGCUACGGGUUUAAAUGCUAAACGUGUUAUAUCCUAGAAGCGCUCAGGCAUAAUAAUAUGCCAGGACUUCUACCUGGAUGAACCAGAAAGGAUAUAGAACAACUGUCUAAUUGUUUUUUACGGCUACGGGUUUAAAUGCUAAACGUGUUAUAUCCUAGAAGCGCUCAGGCAUAAUAAUAUGCCAGGACUUCUACCUGGAUGAACCAGAAAGGAUAUAGAACAACUGCCUAAAUUUUUUUUUACGGCUACGGGUCGAAAUGCUAAACGUGUUAUAUAUCCUAGAAGCGCUCAGGCAUAAUGAUAUCAUGCCAGGACUUCUACCUGGAUGAACCAGAAAGGAUAUAGAACAACUGCCUAAAUUUUUUUUUUUACGGCUACGGGUCGAAAUGCUAAACGUGUUAUAUAUCCUAGAAGCGCUCAGGCAUAAUGAUAUCAUGCCAGGACUUCUACCUGGGUGAACCAGAAAGGAUAUAGAACAACUACCUAAUUGUUUUUUACGGCUACGGGUUGAAAUGCUAAACGUGUUAUAUAUCCUAGAAGCGCUCAGGCAUAAUAAUAUGCCAGGACUUCUACCUGGAUGAACUAGAAAGGAUAUAGAACAACUGCCUAAAUUUUUUUUAACGGCUACGGGUUGAAAUGCUAAACGUGUUAUAUAUCCUAGAAGCGCUCAGGCAUAAUGAUAUCAUGCCAGGACUUCUACCUGGAUGAACCAGAAAGGAUAUAGAACAACUGCCUAAUUGUUUUUUACGGCUACGGGUUGAAAUGCUAAACGUGUUAUAUAUCCUAGAAGCGCUCAGGCAUAACAAUAUGCCAGGACUUCUACCUGGAUGAACCAGAAAGGAUAUAGAACAACUGCCUAAAUUUUUUUUUACGGCUACGGGUCGAAAUUCUAAACGUGUUAUAUAUCCUAGAAGCGCUCAGGCAUAAUGAUAUCAUGCCAGGACUUCUACCUGGAUGAACCAGAAAGGAUAUAGAACAACUGCCUAAAUUUUUUUUUUACGGCUACGGGUCGAAAUGCUAAACGUGUUAUAUAUCCUAGAAGCGCUCAGGCAUAAUGAUAUCAUGCCAGGACUUCUACCUGGGUGAACCAGAAAGGAUAUAGAACAACUGCCUUUUUUUUCUACUCGUCGAAGUUCUAAACGUGUUAUUCUUAGAAGCGCUCAGGCUUAAUAAUAUGCCAGGUUUCCAGCGACUGAUUUUAGCUGAUUUUGCGGUGCGCAAGAAUGGAUAAUUUACCCGACUUGUAAACAGAUAUUUCCUUCAGCCGAUUGUGUCUCAUGCAGGAGAAUGUCAUGUCUGCGUUGUUUUGUUUCUACUGAAGUUUUAUCAAAGAAAGCUUAAGCGAAAAUAGGGAUAUCGCAAUUUAUACUCUUACGAACUAUAAAUUAGGGCUGACCUGGAAGACGCGUUGAAUUGUGCCGCCAUCCUUCAAAAUAUAACCUGGCUGCGUUUAGGGAGACAAUUUCCUCUUCCAUCCAGAUUUACUUGGUAUAUGUGUUUGCGCGAAUCUUCAGACAAAGAAUUGGGUAUACACUGAUUCGAAUGGCUUGGCGAUACUAAGUGCUUAAGUCUACUUACCGAUUACAACAUGUUUUGGAAGUAUUGAGAAGCGCGCCAAACGAAGUUGUCACAGCGUUCUCGAGCGAACACGGCGCGACCUGGAUUGAUAAAAAUUACCAUUACAUGCAGGUAUCAUGCCAGUGAUAUCUCCUUUCGUCGCAUAGUAAAUAGUUUGUGAGCACAUCCUCGACUCUCGAAACAUUUGUCUUGCGCCGCUAUAGAAGUUGCUUCUCCCGCGAACCAUAGGUAGAUUUCCCGCUUAACAUAAUGUUUGAUAAUUUAUGCAAAAGUUGACCUCGUGAAAGUCAGCAGUGCAUUAAUCGACUCAAAAAUAAACAGACUUCCUAAAGGGUUUUGAACACGGUUUUAAUUAAAGUACUUUACGAGCGCUGCGGUAGUUGACCGCAAAAGUGUUACGGUGAUGGAUACUCAACGGGAUGAUUACGUCACUUCAUAGCAACCAGACGGUACGAAUUUUUUAACUUCCGAAGCGCUGAGGCUCGUAGUGUUGCCACGUUGAAAGCUCUGUUCUGUUGUAAACAUAAAUUGUUCUUCCUUACAGAAUGCAACGAUGCCCUUUUUAGCAAAUCACAGGCAAUAACAAAACUUCUGGUAAACCAGCUGAUUGAAACACGUUCUUUUCGGUUCAUGAUGGUUGUUUCCUUCAGAACCUUUUUGAUAGAUCUAUCUGCUGCCGACUUUCGUAACGCAACCAAUUGUUUCCCAGCGAAAUGACGUCUGAGGAUCGACCACAGAAAUUCUAAACUGUGUAAUUGUCACUGCCAAGAUCUGGAUAGAGAAUUUGAUUGGAUGAAGCAAAUUUUCAUCCAAUCGGAGGCACUACCAAGAUAUGGUUAGUGACGCAUCAACACUAUGUAAUUUUUGUGCUCGUUUCUCCGACGUCAUUCCGCGAUUGAUUAUCAAACGUCGCCUUUUUCCUCAGGGCUUAUCUGCGUGCCGUCGUCACUUGUGUGUUUGUUAUGAAAACUCUUAAAUUUGUCUUUUUUCAUAUAAUUAUUGCAUUUAAUUUAAUUAGCUAUCUUAUAUACCCCCUCAUCUUAUAUACAUUAUAGUUACACUGCUUGUAUAACACAGAACAGCCAUUUAUGACUCAUCAUGGACUAAGGCAAACCAUUUAGCAACAAUUUGCACGUUACCAUAUACUACCAGAAAAAGGAGUGGGUUGACUCUAUUAAAACGACUUUUUUGGGUUGGGUGUGCCGCUGAAUCCUGGAGUCCUCAGCCUUUUCCACGCCAUAGGCAGCUAUAUAAGUUUCAUUUCCUAAAUUAUGGACCAGCAAUUUUCCAAUAACGAUAUCCCAUUCUAGGGCAAAAUCCUCUGAUUUUUAUACCAUAUUUCGAACUAAACUGCUUGAAAUUACAAUUGUACAAUUCAGAAGGCAACACAUCUAUAUAUGCUAAAUAUUGCGGUAAUGUUCAUGGUAUUGUCUCUAGGCUAAAACUUCUAUCAGUGAAAGGUUCAGUAAUACAGUAACUAUGGCCAAACCAAAAGUAAUCACUUUCUCCACCGAUCAACAGAUAAAGACAAUCCAGUGCUUCCAAGGAAACAUGCCUGCUUAAGUCACAAUUAUAUUAGUGAAUUAUCUUGAAUGUCUUAAGCAAAUGGCCCUUGAAUUUUAUCUUACUUGUACCACAAAGCAUGGUAGUGCAAAACUAGAGCAAAGACAGAUGCCCAACAUUCAAUGAUAUCGCAGAGCUUCUUAUUCAAACCUUCAUAAAGUCUUUCUUCGACUUUAAUUACAGGCCACAAUUUUGGUCAGUUCACAAGGUGCAUGCGCCCAAGCGAUCGCCAAUGCAGGUGGGCAGGCAAUGAGGCAAAACUUGGUAACUCCAAACGCUGGUGAAAUAACAGUUACUCCUGGAUAUAAUUUGGCCUGUCUUCACGUGAUCCAUACAAACUGUUCCCAGUGGCAUGGUGGAACGGGGAAGCAGGUAAGGGAUAAUUGGAACACUUUGAUAUUCUAAUGAGCAUUGUCAGGCAUCCUAUCCAAAAAGGCACAGAGCGAACACGAAUUAUGAGCUGUCAAAUUUCGCGGGUAACACCCUUUCUGGAAUGUUGAAGAAAAAGUUAUAUCGUCAGUAAGGGAGGCUUGCUUAAGUGGCACAUUCCUAAUUCUUCCUUUUCUGGAAAAUUCUGUUCGGCACGUAUCACAUAAGGGCGGAUUUAAGAGUGGUGCCAGGGGGCCCCGGCCCAUCCCUUUUGUGGUUUAUUAAUUAUUUCAGCAUUACAGGUUCAAUAUGGAAUCCAGGCAUUUGCUAAAAUUAAGCGUCCAGAAUGCACUAGAUUGUAUCUCAGCUUCUUAAAAUCUUAUUGAGCAAUCACUUCAAUCUCAAACAUCUUCCCGGAGGAGCAUGAGCCCGAAACUCCCUCGAAAAUUGCGCCGUUCACAGUCCUUCUGGGCGCUAUGGCGCCAAUAUUGCUAUUGUAUACUGUAUCUUUAGGCCCCCUCUAUCACAAAAUCCUUGGUCCGCCCCUGUCUUAUUUGACAAUUUCACGCCAGCUUAGAACUAGAUUUUCACUACUUGCUACUUACGAAACACUAAGGAAACUGCACUGAGUUAACUUUCGCAAAGACUUCUGGGGCUGUUACUACAGACAGUGAAAAGAUUGUCCAAUAGCUGACGGUGCGUCCUUAGUAACAAUUGCGUUGUUCCAGUCCCCUUCUCGUUUCUAAAGUGGCGAAUAGGUGGUUGAGAUGAUGUUAACCAAUGAACUCCUUAAGGGUAGUUGUACCGUUUUUUUCUGUUAGUUUGUCCAUACAAAACCAAUUAUUAUCAAUCGUGCAAGUCAUAUUCAUCAUGUUUUAUUCAAGGUCCUACGAGGCAUUGUCCAAAAGUGUCUUCAGAAGGCCGAUGAACUCGGAGGGACAUCAAUAGCAUUUCCAGUCAUAGGCACUGGAAACCUCAAUUUUCCUCCAGACGCAGCUUCCAGGAUCAUGUUGGAAGAAACCAUCAACUUUUGUCAAACUAAUCCGUCAUCUGUGGUGAGAGAUAUUCGAUUUGCCGUGUUUCAGCAAAAUCAGGCACUAACCACUGCCUUUGCCCAAGAGGUUGCUACAUUGCAAUCCAAGUACAGUGUUGGUCCUGGAUACACUAUGGGUGGUCCAGUCCAUCAGAACCCAGCAAGGCCAGCCGUCGGUGUUAGUGUGGAAGUUUUGCAAGGAAAUUUGUGCCAGGAGGCAACAGAUGUCAUUGUUAACCUCAACAGCAAAGAUAUGAAUAUGGACAGCGCCGGGGCAUUGAGCAAGGCGGUGAAACAGGCCGCUGGUCAAGUUGUUCAGGACGAGUGCUAUCAACUGGGACAUCAAACAGGUGGGUCAGUGGUGGUUACCAGUGGUGGAAAUCUAAAGGCCCGUCAUAUCAUACAUUUGAUACCAGAUACUGCCGACAAAAAUCACUUGCAACAAUGCGUGGAAAAGUGUCUUGGUGUGGCAGAGGCUCGUGGUUUUCAGUCCAUCUCAUUUCCAGCGGUAGGAACGGGAUCUUUUCACAUGUCAGCGGCUGAUUCAGCCAGCCUAAUAUUUCAAGCUCUCAGUAAUUGUAGUGCUCGUUUCAACGUCAUCAAAAAAGUUAGAAUCGUGGUGUUCCAAGCGCCUAUGCUUCAGUCAUUCCAACGAGAACAGCAGCGUCAUCCGCUGUAUUCUAAUCAGGGCCAUGUCAUUAAACCUAUGGCCAGGCAGGGCCUAGCCUAUCCACGUGCUAGUAGGCAGAGAGGCUUGGAUAUUAAGGUAGUAAGUGGUGAUUUAACAAAAGAAAACACAGACGUAAUAAUGAACAUUAUCAGCACCGAUAUGAACAUGAGCAACGCUGGUGAUCUAAGCAAAGCCAUCUUAACAGCCGGUGGCCCUCAGAUUCAACAAGAAUGCAGCCAAUAUGGUACUCAAACUGCUGGGACAGCGGUGAUGACUAGUAGCGGAAAUUUAGCAGUACCCAAUAUAAUCCACAUUAUUCCAGGUAUUGUUAGGUUUUCUUUAUUUGAUCGUAUUACGAAGGAAAUAUGGUCUCAAAUGGACCCUGUAACGUAUUGUUGACCUUUAAACUGUUUAGAAAUGCUAAAAUCAGCUCCCUUAUUAUAAAGGAAUUUAUUAUAAAGUGACGAGUAAUUAUUCCUCUCUCCAGUGUAACCGUUACAAAAGAAGUUGCCUGUGGAGAAGGCUGUUGGCGAGGAUAGUAGGGCGAUCGAAACACUCGAGUGCGCAUGUGAAAAUUGGGCCUCAUAAGGAAGGUAGCCGACAGAGGGAAGAGAGGAUUAAUAGAAACCCUUGAGAUACAAUUGUAAUGCCAUUCUUAAUGCUCUUGAGUGUAAAAUAAAUUCAAAGCAGAUGUCAAUUUUUGUUCGUUGUUAAAUGUCAAACCUAUUUUAAUUUUUUUUCUCGCAGGCUCCCAAGAUAAACAGCAUCUUCAGACGUGUUUGGAAGCUGGCCUUCGUCUGGCAGAUCAAUACAACCUUCAAACAAUAUCAAUUCCAUGUGUAGGCACUGGUGGAUUUGGUCUGACGGCAGCGGACUCGGCUCAGGUAACAUUCCAAGCUCUCAGCUCCUUAAGAAGUUGUCAAAGCCUUCGCAACGUACGUGUCGUGGUCUUUCAAGCUCAUAUGGUUCAGGAAUUUUUGUUAGCGCAACAGAGACAGGCAAUGCAGGAUAUGGAUAAAAGGGAGAGUGACUACACUGCAGAUGGUGAAGUUGCUGAGCAGCCCAGAAUUGCUAGGCAAAGAAGAAAUACCGCAACUACUUUGAGUUCUAUAGGCGACCAUUCUGUGAAAAUCUUCGUGGUAGGGAAGGAUAAAGGAAGCGUCAGUAAAGCGGUAGACGCUUUGAAGAAACGUUUCUCUGAAUCUUGCACUACUCAAAAAGUCGAAAAUGAAACCGUCAGCAAACUGUCGCCAAAGCAGGUUAACACUCUAAGAAAGAAGGCCAAAGAACGUGACGUCAGACUCGAAAUUGAGGUUGAUGUUGAUCGCAUUGUGGUGAAGGGUGGCCCAGUUGAAGUGCCUGGCAUGGUCGGGAAGAUUUGGGAGGAGAUUAACCAGAGAAAUAAGAAGAUACAGGAGGAGGAGCAGGCGAUGAUAGUUUCAAAGAACGUAGAAUGGAGUUAUGAAAUCUACGGGACGAAGAAGGUGUUUAGCCCCAAGGCAAACGGAAAGCUUGAAAUGGCGUUGGUCAGGGAACAACCACAAGUGCAAGUAUCUUUGCCAUCUGAUAAAUUUGUCAUUGAUGUAACAGCUAAAACUGGCUGCGGACAGCGGAACGGUGAAGCAAUUACACUUUUCAGAAAGGUCAAGGGAGCUGACGAAGGUUAGUGCAUACUCAACGGUUUUUAAUUACGAAAAGUAAUCUGAGAUAACUGUCACAGUAAGCGGACUAUGUGAUACACUGUUUACACAGUGAACUGAUAUGAUCUUUUAAUUUGAUACCGAAGUCACCAAAGGCAGACAACUGAACCAAUAGUGGCCGAGAUACUCGAAUGCCUGUCUCAGGCGUUCUGAUAGUGCAUGGAGGCGGCGCAAAGAGAAGUGGGCGAGACAAAUAUGCGCCACUUUCCACCAUCUGAAUGCCUAUAACAGGCCAUUUACUAAAUCGCGCCUAAUCUUCCAAGGGGCUACUUACAUGGAGGGUGGAAGGUCCUACAACCAGGAUCAGGGAGAUCCUAGAAGAUGGAUCAUCCUAGCGCCAUAUGUUUUCUGUAUUGGGUUUACAUACAAAGGGGACUAAGCAUUAUACUUGUUCCAGGGACUAGUGUCUUCGUUGCUGAGAAAAAGGAAGAUUCUGUAUGUAGACUGUUUUCGCAAGGAAGAUCCUAAUACCAGGGGCAAACCGGCCUAAAAUGGCGGCGGGUCGUUCAGUGGGUAAUCAUACCAAUUAAGCUGACAAUUUUGUUUGGCGUUACCACGAGCUGAUGAUUGUAAUGAUUCUGUCCGUUGCUGCUAAAAGGUAGUUAUUUACGCUAAUAAAGAGAGCAGAAGGGCCGAAAUUGCAUGUUUAAUUUGUUAUUUUUGCCAGUCAUUUUUACUUGGUUACCUUACGGACCGAAAUUUCUACACGUAAACCCGACGAAAAAGUCGUUUCGCCUUCCAGGAACUUAUAUAACAGCUCCAAGGUGGCAUUAGACCACGUAGCAAAUCUUGGAGAGUGACGAACGGCUUAUCACCAGGGUUUUACUCUUGAGAUACAGUGAGUUGAAGGGAGAAUGCUCUCCACAACAACAAAAACCCACCUUAAUUUUCACGGACGUCCAAUCCAACUGAAGACAAUGGGGGGUUCCAGGCGAACUUUACGUGGACCUAAUCAUUGUCAAUUGACUCCGUAAGAUUACAAUCAAAGGGUUUUCCAGUCCCCCUGGGGAAUAAAAUACACAUGUUUAGGACACCAAGGUUUGCAGGUUCCUGCACUGUAAUUUUCCAAUUAAAGCCAUUUUUACAUUGCUCUUACGAACAACGGCCACAUUGAACACAUCCUAAAUCAGUAAUUAACUUCAGUUUCCAACAGUAAGGAAAACUAAAAGCGACUUAUUUAUUCCUCCAAGGAAUUUCUCUUCCAAGCACGUGGUCUCCAAUGCCACGCUCUGAUAUGACAGUACACACUGUGACUCUCAACGCAGGCUCCUCUGAGUACCAAAAUGUCGCGAGAAAAUUUCAAUCAACCGCAGGCGGGGUGCAGAUUCAGAAAAUCGAGCGUCUUCAGAAUCCCCACCUUUACAAGCAAUACAUGGUGAGAAAGCAGAAAAUGGACAAAGAUAACGGAGGGAACAACGAACGAGAGCUGUUCCAUGGAACCGACGCUAAAAAUAUACGUGCAAUAAACACACAGGGGUUCAACAGGAGUUUUACUGGGUUAGCACAUGGUAAGUUAUAAAAGGGUUUGUUUCAAGGAGGCUGGAGGCUAAUCAAAACACGCUUAUUACACAAGUUGAUUUUUUCUCGCGAGCCAAACUCUCCUCUGUUUCCCCAAAUUUUUCUACAUUUAAUAGCGGUUCCAUAUUUAGAAUUAAGUAGCACCCGUAAUAGUGCGAAGGGUAACGUCAAUUCGAAAUUUACGAUUUGUGUUUGACGCAUAAUUUAACAACAAGAAAUUAAAUGUAGCAACUCUUGUUCUUCAGAUAAGAUAAAAUAUAGAUAAUAAGUGAACAGUUAGGAAUUCUAACCUUCUUUUAUGACUAGUCAAACUGUUAUCUUUGGUCACGAUGCUUGUACUUACUAGAAUUUACCUUAGAAGGCUACGGGCUGAUCUUGUGAUCAGUCGUUAGAUGACCAUUUUGAUAAGUUCUGAAUAGGCGAAGGGACGUCCAAAAUAGGGAUGUCGGCUUGUUACGUUUAGUGAAGGGAUGUCGACGGUUAGUUACGUUUUUUAAUUACGGGUAUAAGUAAAAAAUGGCGGUCUUUGAUGAAGUUUGUCGUUAAAUACUUAACAAUUAUUCCAAGAGGGCGCGUUGGAUAUGAGAUGAUAGAUAGCCAACAAGGCGCGUAGCGCCGAGUUGGCUAUAAUCAUGUCAUAUCCAACAAGCGCGAGUGGAAUAAUUGUUUUAUUAAAAACGCCCACAAAAUCUCGUUGAAUCUCCCCGACUAGAACAAACCGGAAAAGACAAGGGACUUCCGCUAUUCACAUGUCACACGUCUAUCAAAACUGUCAACGCGCGAACGGACUCGCCUGGACUGCAUGAAUGAAAAAGCAAAACAUUGUAGCGAUGAACAUUAGUUUUUUAAAAACUCAUCGGAAUUCUAGGAUUUUACACAGCAGAACAGCUAAAAAAUCCUGGCAGAUAAUGUGGAGCAAAAUAAUUUUUAAGUGACAGCCGUCGAAAUUACUGUGAAUUUGGAUUUUCGGUGCAGUUAUAAAAGUAAGAACGACGGAGAAAAACUAUUACCUCGGUCGCUUGUUCUGAAGUUGUUUGAAGACACAAGCUGGUUUUGCUGAAUGAGAAAAGAAGUUAUACUGCCGCCUCGAUUGCUCUCGUGAAUGGCUGCAUAACCUGUAUUUGUAGCUGGUUACUUGUGAUUUAUAUUCUUGAUGUCGGAUAAACAAGCCGCAGUUAUCUAUCGGCGAGUGACUCGAUCGGCGAAUGGCUUCGCGAUCAUGAAGAAACAACACUUGUCUUCUUUCGUAGCUGUUCAAGGUACUUUAGUUCCAUGUGUUUUCAUGUGUUUUUCGACAAACUUUCAAACAAGCUCUUGUGGCUUUUUUGUUUGUUUUUGUCUUUUUCUUUCGAUGAAAUUGCAUUUCUAGUAUUCUAAGAAAUGAAUUAAAACAAUUUGCUUCGGGUGCCGUUCUAUCCUUCGCGAAAAAAUUCUCAGCCAGCUUCCAAUUUUUAAUUGACGCGUACACCGACCAUAUAUGGAGAGCAUGGUAUAAUAACUCAUAUACCAUAACGGCUAAGCCAAUCAAAAUGCUAGAAUUGCAUUAUCCAAUGAUUCAGUUUUUAAUAAUACUUAUAAACCCGCCAUGAGCCCGCGAUGAAGUCAGCUGAGGCUCGUCAGCGGAUAUCCUUUUUGACAACUGUCAAUUGACGAUAUCAGGAAUGUCCAUAAGGAUGUCCACUUUGAAGUUACAUUACAAGGUCAUUACAAGAAAACAACCAAUCAGGGUGCGCGUACUAUUGUAGCCAUAUAAUAAUUAUAAAUCUAAGUUAAUAAGUAAAAAUGCAGUUUAAUUAUUCAUAUUUGUUACGUAAUUGAUCACGUAAGUUGCUACAAAAAGGUAUGAAAAGGUUUUCCGUGUCUAUAAAUCACUUUCGUGAAAUUUACAUAUCCCAAUAUCCGCUCUUGAAGUAAUAGAUAGAUCCUCUCAAGCGUCAUAAAAUUCGCUCGAUGCGACUCCUUUAUCUUUUCCAAAGAACUUAUGAUCACUUUUAUAAUUGCGCUCUUGUAUGUUUCAUGAUGUAGGCAUUAUUUACCAGAUUAUUUGCGUGACUAUCACGAGUAUUGAUUGAAUUCAAACUUAUCACGGAAUCAAUACUGUUGAUUAGCCGCUUUGUUUCGUCAAAAAGAGAAAGAUUUUUCCUGUAAAAUGACUUUCGAGACAACCAAAGUUCCUCUAAGACGUCCGAACGUAACAGAUACAUGAUUUUAAGGCAGCUCAAACAGCUUUUAUUUGAGACACAUCUUACUUAUUUGAAAACAUUUGGUCGUUGAGUGCCCCUAUAUAUUAAUAAGGAUGUAUUUGUAACAGAUGCUAGGCUAGUUAUGUUUGGGUCUUUAAAUUCGUUGGUUUCAGUGUCAGAGUUUUGAUUCAGUGUUUCUGGGGAACGUAGUUGUUGGAGAAGAAAGAGUUAAACCUGAACCACUAUAGAAACAGAGAUGAAGGCUGACUACACCAGCACAGUAUUAUUGUCAGCGGCAAUCAAUAACUUAAUUAACUAUUUCUUUGUUUGUUUGCCUUUUUUACAUAGGAACUGCCUUGGGACGCGGCGUGUAUUUUGCCAGAGAUGCAUCCUACUCAGUUCCGUACGCAAGGGCUGGAACCGGCGGUCGCUUCAUGUACCUUGCUCGGGUCCUGGUCGGGCAGUAUUGUCAAGGCAACUCUAGUAUGAUCGUUCCUCCACCGAAGAACCCUUCGAGACCGGAGAUUUUGUACGAGUCUGUUGUUGAUAACCAAGGAAACCCGUCUGUCUUCGUUGUUUUCUACGACACUCAAUGCUACCCUGAAUAUCUCAUAACCUUUUGAUCAGUUUGCGUUACUUGAGCAACAGGCUAUUUCUUACUCACUUUAGAAAUAAGCAUGCAAUUUUUUGAGAAGAGUAGGGUGGUAAAGAGAAAUUCAGUAUUUCUUACGCUAACAAAGUGUAGAUAUCAGCUGCGAUAUGUGACAAAAUUGUCAGUCGUAGCCGUCGACAUAUUAAAGAACUGAUCAAAAGAUAGCCAUUCAUGCAUAGGGUGUGUAUAUAGCCGAGUUAUGAAUUCAGUUGUAGGAGGUUUGGGGCGCACGAAAAAAGCGUUCGUAAGUUGCUUAAGGCGUAAUUCUUGAGUGUUGUCUAAAUUUCCCAAAUUUAUCCAUAACCUGAGUAUACACAGCCAACGGCUCUUGACAGGCUGAAAGCAGGUCUGAAACAACUCCUUUAUGACAUAGCGGCAACAGAAUUAGAUUUGUGAUUGACCAAGAGAGAGUGAUUAUUCUCCAGUCUUGGAUUAGGGAGCUUUAGCCUCGACGACCAGGCCUGAUUGGCUGUAUUGUUAACAAUUAUAUAUUAUAAUUGCUUUAUUUUUCAUUCAAAAUAAUUCCUAGUUUUAAAAACAAACUAAAACACGGCUUACCUCCAUCGAUGUUAAGUUCAUGUUCAAUUAGCGAACAAUUCUUGCAAGGACCACUUGGACAAACAGCAGCGAGGGAAAGCCGGAUUUGUCGUAGAUCAGGAUCAGCAGUAUAAAACUGGUAAAAUUGAAGGCAAGGCUGAUCGGACAGCUAACGGUUACAAAUUUAUUUGCCCAAAAUUUCGACUAUAGGCAAAACUAGUCUUCGUCAGGGGCCAGAAAAUCUAGUUGAGAAUAGAAUAAACGGUUACAGUAUUUAAAAUAAUACAAACCUAAAAUUGCAAGAAUUGUUCUUCAUCUUCAGUUGCCUGUUUAUUGGCAAGUUUAGGAGGUCAAGGGCUGUUCAGUUCUGCAGAUAUUCACCAAAUAGCAGGUGUCGUCCGUAAAAUGUUCCGCCAUUUUGUACUCGCUACCAAAACCAUUUAACCUCGUCCCCAGGGCUUCUCGGUUAACAGUCCGGUUUUCUGGCAAUUUAUAUGCUGUAGAAUUGGCGUUUGGUUUUGAUUAAUUAUCUGUGGGAUUAUAGCCAAUCAGAAACAGAAAUAUUUGGAAUGAAUAAUCACUGAUCUAUGGUAUGUGAUAGAUGGGAAUACACGGAUAAACCUCUGAAAACAUAUUUUAUAUUAAUGUUUUUUUCCUUUCGGGUAAGAAAAAGAACUGUGAGUCAAUAAAUAGACUCAAAUUAUUUAAACGAACGUGUAAAUUCCUCAAUAAAGCACAGAUGGCAC